UGCCUCAACAAAUAUGGAAAUACACUCUACCUCUCUGCUUCUUCUAAAUCUGAUUCAUCUGUUUUUGCGGAUCUCGGCUCGUGAAUUCCUCUCGCCAGGCUCCUCUCUCUCCGUAGAGGAUAGCUCUGACGUGCUCCAUUCACCAGAUGGUACUUUCACCUGCGGCUUCAACAAUAUUUCUGGGAGUGCCUUCGUUUUCUCUAUUUGGUUCUCCAACACAGCUCAUGAAAAGACUGUCGUCUGGAGUGCAAAUCAUCUCCACCCCGUGUACUCCUGGGGAUCCAUAGUCAUGCUAUAUGCGGAUGGCGGAAUGGUUGUAAAAGAUUACAAUGGCCAGGCCGUGUGGGAAACCAAUGUCAGCUCUUCAUCAAAAGCCGAACAAGUCCAGUUGUUGGACACCGGGAACCUCAUCAUGAAGGGCCAAGGUGAUAUCAUUUUGUGGCAAAGUUUUGAUUCUCCUACUGAUACAUUGCUGCCAAAUCAGAACAUUACUUCUGCUACAAAAUUGGUAUCUGCUAAUAGGUUACUUGUUCCUGGGCGCUACAGCUUCCAUUUUGAUGAUCAACAUUUACUCACACUGUUUUAUGAUCAGACGGAUAUCUCUUUUAUCUAUUGGCCAGAUCCUAAUAAGAAUAUCUGGGAAAAGCAAAGAAGCUCGUUUAAUACCACCACAAUUGGGGUCCUAGAUAGCUCAGGUUAUUUCCUUGGAAGUGACAAUUUAACAUUUAAGGCGACUGACUGGGGUCUCAAGGUUAUGAGGAGGCUAACAUUGAAUUAUGAUGGCAACCUUAGAUUAUACAGUCUAAAUAAGUCAGAUGGAAGAUGGUCGGUCACAUGGAUGGCAUAUCCUCGGACCUGCUCUAUACGUGGUCUCUGUGGUAUGAAUGGAAUAUGUGUGUAUACACCUAGGCCAGCUUGUGCAUGUGCCCCUGGACAUGAGAUCAUUGACCAAAGGGACCGGAGCAAAGGUUGCAGGCCAAAAUUCAAUCUCAGUUGUGAUGGGCAGGAGAUGUUUGUGAAGCUACACAACACUGACUUCCGAGGUAAUGAUCAAAGUAGCAGUACCUCAGUUUCAUUUCAUACAUGCAAGAAGAUAUGCUUGAACAACUGCAAUUGCAAAGGUUUCUCAUACUGGCAAGGAAGUGGAAGUUGCUUUCCGAAGUCGUCCCUUGUUGGUGGUGUAACCAGCCUGGGUUUGGGUCGUUCUAUCUAUCUCAAGCUUCCUAAGACACAGGUCUCAGAGUCCUCAAUUCCUCACUCACAACCUUUUGGUCAUAGAUAUGCUCCUAACUGUAGUGCAAAGAACAAAAUUUUCACUACAGAUUUUCUGGAUCAACCUAAGAGCAGUCAGAGUGGAUCACACCCACAGUACUUGUACUUGUAUGUAUUCUUGGCAGCGAUAUUUUGUGUAGAGGUAAUAUUUGUGGCAUUCGGAUGCUGGUUUGUGUUGAGAAGGGAGGGCAAGCAGUUAACAGGAGUAUGGCCAGCUGAGGUUGGCUAUGAAAUGAUAACUAACCAUUUCCGCAGAUACACUUACAAGGAGUUGCAGAGGGCAACUCGAAAGUUCAAGGACCAGAUUGGAUGCGGGGCAUCUGGUAUUGUAUACAAGGGGGUCUUGAAAGACAAGAGGGUAGUAGCGGUGAAAAGGUUGGCAGACAUAAACCAAGGCGAAGAAGAAUUCCAGCAUGAAUUGAGUGUGAUUGGAAAGAUUUACCAUAUGAAUCUGGUGAGGGUUUGGGGGUUCUGUUCUGAUGGUCCACACAGGAUAUUGGUCUUAGAGUACGUUGAGAAUGCUUCGUUGGAUAAAACCCUGUUUAGUAGCAAGGCCCCACAGAUCUUACUCGAAUGGAACCAAAGAUUUAAGGUUGCCCUAGGGGUGGCAAAAGGAUUGGCCUAUCUUCAUCAUGAGUGCUUGGAAUGGGUUAUCCAUUGUGACCUGAAGCCUGAGAAUAUACUGUUGGAUGAAAACUUGGAGCCAAAGAUCACCGACUUUGGCCUUGCAAAACUUUUGAACAGAGGUGGAUCCAAUAAAAAUGUAUCGAGGGUCCGUGGAACUAGAGGUUACAUAGCUCCUGAGUGGGUUUCUGGCCAUCCAAUAACAGCAAAGGUAGAUGUCUACAGCUUCGGAGUGGUUCUCCUAGAACUACUCAAGGGGGCUCGUGUUUCAGACUGGGCAUCAAAUGCCAACGAGGAAGUGGAGACAGUCCUUGGAAGGGUCGUUAGGAUGCUUACAGAAAAUCUGAUGCUGGAGCUGGAGGGCAGCCAACAGUUAUGGGUGGCUGACUUCAUUGACUUGAGGUUGAACAGCCAGUUCGAUAACUUGCAAGCGAGAAUGAUGGUCAAGCUGGCUGUUUCAUGCGUGGAAGAAGAUGGUAGAAAAAGGCCCACCAUGGAAAAUGUUGUGCAGAUGCUUCUAUCGGUUGCUUGAUGAAGCUAAGUGGCAUGAUGCAGCAGUAUGCAUGCUACCAACCCAAAAAAAAGAGUUUGAUGUUUGAUAUAGUACACGGAGCUUAUUCUUGGAUCCAAAACAAGAUAUCUAUGAUGUGUUAGAAAUAAAGUGCACAUCACUUUGCAUAAGUAGAUUCUGUCGUCCAAGUGUCUGAUCGAGUAGUAUUAAAUUAGCAAUUUUAUUUUGGCAUUUCGUCCAGAUUACUAUUCGAGUUGGUGUCCUGUUGAGUUGUGCUGCUGUAUAGAUGUGUUGGCCGCCGAGUCAGUACUCAGUAAGCACUAGCCUUGUAACUGAUACG